AUGACAAAUAUGUUGGAAAACAAUCUGGGCUCGGUGAAGGUCGAAGACCAGUUACAAAGAAUCGGCCAACCGGAGCAUCCAUCAUAUCCACAACAGCAGCAAUCGCAGGGGCAACAACAACAGCAACAAUCCCAUCAACCACAACCUGAACAAAUACAAUCUCCCCAGCAGCAGGUCUCUCAAGUGCAGCCCCAGUUUCAACAACAACAACAACAACUGUCCAGCGAUCCCGUGCAUCCGAAUGCAAAGACUAUCUCCACCACCAAUUCGGCAAAUGGCUCCACUACCACCAAGACGAAUAUAUCGUCACCGGUUUGCAGAAAUUGUAAGACUCAAACUACUCCUCUUUGGAGACGUGACGAGACCGGUCAGGUGCUCUGCAAUGCUUGUGGCCUCUUUCUGAAACUUCACGGAAGACCAAGACCCAUUUCGCUGAAGACUGAUGUGAUCAAAUCAAGAAACAGAGUCAAGCACAAUUCUGGAAAUGCCCAAGGUGGAAAGUCCAAUCCUAAUACCCCCGAGUUGAAGGCUAAGGAGCCCAGUGGGGCUGGAAUGAACAUCAACGGUAACUUGAGUGUGGGCAAUGUCAGUGCGAACGGUGCUGGUAACAUUUCUAUCGCUGGAAACCAAUUGGGCCAGCAGAACCAGCUAGAUCGUCAAAACCCAUUGGUCAGUUAUAACAUGAAGGGAGCCAAGUUUUCUCCAAAGCAGUAUAAGCCGAACUCGGCCAAGGGCAAGAACUCGCCAAAUCUGACAUCUCAUGAUGGUUCCAACAAGGGCACUGUUUCUUCGCCAGGCUUGCUGCCCCUACUCCCCAGAGGUCAGCAGCAGCCCCAACAACAGCAUUCACAGCCACAAACAUCUCAAUCGCAGGCGAACACUCCCAACAGCCCUUUCGGUUACCAUCAGGGCUACCAACACGGACAGCUUCAUCUAUACCCGUCCAAGUUCCAGCAUCAACACCUGGUGCAGCCGUUGCACUAUCCUUCGUCUACACCCGCGCAAUUUGCACCCAAUCUGCAGAACGUGACCUCUCCUUUGCUGCUUUCCACCACGGCACCAAAGUUCCACCCUUCUCAAUCAAGUGAACGUGCCAGUUUGAACGGUAAUAAGCAGAAGGACAUGAACAAUGGGCCUAUGGCUUUGGUGAAUGCUGCUGGUGCUCUUGAGACAAUGUCCCAGGAGUCCUUGGACCAUGAUAGGAAGAUCCCUAACAUCAAGUUGGACAAUGACAAGCCUUCUGUGCCCCACUUCAACAACCUGAUGAAUGGCAACCACGAAGAUGUGAAAAACUACUCGUCGCCAUCGACUGAACUCAAUGGCAACUCGCCAGGUACCAAUGGCAAUCACGAUAACUCCACCAAGCUGCCUGCCUUGGUGGCUGCUGCUACAAAUUCUUCACCACCUCAGCAACAGCUUCACCAUAUGACUCCUUCGAAUGCCACAGUGACUUCUCCUAGCUUCGGACCUCAAUUUUCACUUUCUCAUCAACAGAAUCCUCGAGGAUCCCCAGGAAUGCAGCAGCAACACGACAAUGGCCAUUAUGCUUCUCCAUCUCCUUUACCAUCUCUAAAGCCUUUGCUCAGUGACGUUCAGCAACAGCAGCAGCACUCAAUCUCCUCUCCGCUUGCUAGACCUUACAAUCAGCCUCCAUCUGUCCAGCAACACAUCCACCAGUUGCAGCAGCCAACCCACUCAAUUUCACCGAUGAUCAUGGCCCAAUCUUCUUCUUCCCAGAAGAGAGAGGAUGGGAACCACGACGACGACCCUGUCUUUUUACGUACCAGAAUCUCUGAAUUGGAACUGGUAAAUGAUCUUUACCGGACUAGAAUAGUUGAGCUUGAAGCCCUGGAAAAUGCUGCCAAGCAGCGUGAGGCUCUGCUAAAGAAGAGACUUGAUGAAUUGAGGGGUCUGCCUAUGGGCAUGAUGGUCCACUCGGACCAGGGAUCACCUGCCAAUGGAAGGGAUCUCAAGAGAAUGAAGUUGGACAAUGGCAACUGA